AGCAAACUCGCGGCAAAAUAGAGCAAACUCGCGGCAAGAUAGAGCAAACUCACGGCAAGAUAGAGCAAACUCGCGGCAAGAUAGAGCAAACUCACGGCAAGAUAGAGCAAACUCGCGGCAAGAUAGAGCAAACUCUCACGGCAAGAUAGAGCAUAUGUGGCCAGCGGGAUGUGCGGAAAUAAAUAAAUCCAAAAUGGCGACGGGAGAAGAUGAGAGGACUGUACUGGAAUCCCUUUUUUAUGAUAGAUAUGAAUACAAAGAAAUGGUCGAAAUGCUUAAAAUACAGUAUGAUGGUCCUGGAUGUUCACAGGGACACCGAAGUGUCUGGCAUACUCUUCAACAGAGGGGUGUUCGAGUACCAAGGAGAGAGGUACAAAAAAUUAUUAGAGAACUUGAUCCUGAAGGUGUUGACGAAAGAAAAGCGCACAGGUUGCGAAGGAGAGAGUAUAUUUGCCCAGGGCCUAAUAAGGUUUGGCAUUCAGAUGGGUAUGACAAGUUAAAGCCGUUCGGCUUCCCUGUACACGGUUGUAUAGACGGAUUCAGUAGGAAAGUGAUGUGGCUAUAUGUUACUCGUUCUAAUAAUUUACCUGACAAUAUCGGUGCGUAUUAUCUGGAUGCUGUACGUGAACAAGGUGGUUGUCCUCGCCAGCUUUGUACUGACCUAGGUACUGAGAAUGGUCUAAUGGCCGGUACCCACUGUUUUUUUAUGAAUGACCCCGACUCACACAAAUACGUUCCAUCUCCUCGUAAUCAGAGGAUUGAGGGAUGGUGGAGUUUUUUUCGUAAACAUUGGGCCUCUUGGUGGAUCAAUUUAUUUAAGGACAUGUGUGACAGUGGUGUCUUAAACAUGGAAGACCCAUUACAAAGUGAGUGCCUAUGGUUUUGCUUUGCUGGAAUACUUCAGGCGGGAUUGGAUGAAGUAAAAAAUAGCUGGAAUACUCAUUACAUCAGGAAAUCACGGUUUGAUACAGUAGCUGGGAGACCCAAUUCCUUAUACUUUAUCCCAGAGUUCCAUGGUGGCAUCAGUAAUCUUAUAGUUCCUGUUUCUAGUGCAGACAUGGAUUAUGCAUACAAUCACCUAAUUGAUCACUCCAAUCAGGUGACAAACUACAGUGAGUAUUGCCAAUAUGUAAUGAAUGGACUCGGCUUAGGCACUCCACAAGGAUGGAGGGAGGCCUAUAAUCUAUACAAGACAAUAACUCACAUAGCGAUUCAUGGCAAUUGAUGUUGUGGCCAUUAACUAUUUUAUGUAACCCAAAUUUACUUGGCUUGGAAACUACACUAACACUUUGACAGAAAACUAUGGAAACAUCCAAAACAAUCCCAUAUUAAGGACCCUUCCAAGCUAAUAAUUGGCAAACUUACAGAAUUGACAAUGUUUUUUUUUCGAUGAAUGUGCUUAAAGUAUAUUUGUUAAAAUAACAUUUUUCAAACUAGAAUUACUGUAUUGGUUUCAAUAAUUGCCUCAGCCCUUACAAAAAAAUUUACAUCUCAAAUGUGGCAUUUAUUUGAGGACGGCAAUCAUUCCAACAAAUACAGUAGCUCUGCUUAAUUUUAUAAUACAAAACUAAAAAAUAAAAAAUAUUACGCUCUGCUAAAAUAUAACUCUGCCAAAUGGGGUUUGAGGUGGGGGGUACUCCCAUAUGGAGCUAUAUAGGUAUGUGCCGCCCAUAAUGGUAUGGCUUUUGAGGUUCUCAACCCUUAAAUAGGGUAUUGUAUUUUUACCUUUUGAUAUUUAAAAAACAUCCCAGUUCAAUCCUUAAAUGGGGUGCCUUUAAGUUGUAUCAGGCAAAAAAUACAACUACCGUUUUCUUUUAAUAUGAAUAGAAGAAAAAAGUGCAAGCAUAUUAGCUACUGUGUACAUACACAGUAACCCAAAGACAUGGAAAUUGGCAGGGGAACCCCUCCCCCCAACACAACAGGUGAGUUAUAUAGCUCACAAUCUAGGUUCUGUAAUAUGGAAUCUUCUACCUACUAUAUUUUCUUAAAACACAAA